GUGCAGCCCUGCCAGCCCUGCUGGCCAGGCACCCAGUACCAGCCUCCCCAGCAACCAGCUCAGUACCAGCCCCCCCAGCCACCAGCUCCAAUUCAAACUCAAGUCCCUGCUCAAGUUCCAGCUCCAACUCCAGCCCCAGUCCCAGCACCUCAUCCUGCCACGGGCAUACAUCCAAAUGUACCAGGGUGGCCUGCCCACCCUGGUUGGCCUUAUAACCCAGGACAGUCAGGAUGGCCUGGACAGAGUCCAUCUAUCAUGCCUCCACACUGGCUUCCACCCACAUCUGGACCUCUUAGUGUGCCAUACAACUUGAACCUGGCCCGGGGGGUCUAUGACAAGAUGAUGAUGACCAUCUUGGGCCAUGUCAAACCAAAUGCUAAAAUGUUCACAGUGAACUUUCUGAGAGGCAACGACAUCGCCUUUCACAUCAACCCCCGCUUCUGUGAGGGUGGCAAACAGGUGCUGGUCCGUAACCACAAACUGGGUGAACGCUGGGGCUCAGAGGAGAGGGACCUGAAGGGACCCUUCCCCUUCGCUCUCGGGAGCCCAUUUGAGAUGAAGAUCCUGUGCACUCAUGAGGUAUUCAGGGUGGCAGUGAACAACAUCCCGCUGUUUGAGUUUCGACACCGCAUCAUAGAGCUCAACCGGAUUGACAGAAUCAACAUCCUGCAUGAUGUCGUCCUCACCUUUGUCAAUGUGGAAACACUUCCAUAGGAGACACACUGUUACUCAUACAGUAAAAAAUUAAUUAACACAUGACAAGGAUGUACAUGCGGAUGAGCAAAAACAUGUACACACACUACAUAUGGUAGGAACUAAAAUGUUCCAAUUUAUUUAUCAUGAUGCUUAAAGAUCAAACAAAUAAGAGUGUUAGUAUGUGAUGUAAUAUUAAUAUUGACGUGAGCUGAGCUCAUCCUAUAAUAUGCUUCAAUAAGUUCACUUCCUCUACCACAAAGCUAACAUUUAAUACACAUAAAGCUAUCUUUUUCAGCACAAAUAUGCUACUGCUACUGUAUUUAUUGUGUAAAAUAUUUGAUCAAAUUGCUACUA